UCUUCCUGGUUUUAUUUUUCUGUUUGUUUCUUCAUCGCUUCAUCCCUUCCGUGUGCUGCAAAAACUCUCCAUUUCCGCAUGUUGUAAUAAUUGCUGAUUCCGUGACAAAUCCCCUUCUCAAAGUUCGAGUCUUUCUCCUGAACCCGCCUUGAGUCUCCGGGAUUUCGAUUGGCUAUGUUCAUCGCCAAUUUCUGAGCUUCUGAGUCUUUUGUCGCUUCCUUCUUGUUUCCCGAUUCAUUUCCUCGUCGGAAUCCUCCAUGGCUGCGGCUUUCAGGUCGAACACGUCGAGAGAAACCGCCUCUCUCACGCUCUCUCAGUUCAGGUACUUCAUCUUCAACCGCGUCCACACCGGUCGGACGACGAGUUCUCAGUGCAAUCACCGUUCCAAAUGCGACGAUCCAUUACCCAACGCUACGUUUUACAAGCCCAUCUUUCUCGGUGGCCAAGUGGUCGAAAAAGGAACGAGUUUCGUGGAUCAUCGGAGAGAGAACCGUAAUCCAAGCAAGAGUUUUGCCACGAAUUGCGGCAAGUCUGCUAUAUUUAGCUCGAACGGAGACCCACCUGAUGUGUGGCAACCUCCGGGGGAUGGAAUUACGGUUCGGGUUAACGGGUCGGCCGUCAAUCUGGGUCGCGGCGGCGGCGGCGGCGGAGCUAGUUCCGGGUCGGGCAACGGAGUCGGGUCGAAUUCAAAGGAGUCUUGGGGUGGAUCCAAUCUUGGCCCCAAUUUUCCUACACCAAAGGAGAUAUGCAAGGGUUUGGACAACUUUGUGAUUGGUCAGGAGAGGGCGAAGAAGGUGCUCUCAGUGGCGGUUUACAAUCACUAUAAAAGGAUAUACUAUGAGUCGUCACAGAAACGGUCUGCUGGUGAACCAGGCAGCACCACAGCAAGAGGCGAUGAAUUGGUAGAACUCGAGAAGAGCAACAUUCUUCUGAUGGGACCGACUGGCUCGGGCAAGACGUUACUUGCGAAAACCUUGGCACGGUUUGUCAAUGUUCCUUUCGUUAUUGCAGAUGCUACCACAUUGACUCAGGCUGGUUACGUGGGGGAGGAUGUCGAGUCUAUAUUAUACAAACUUCUGACCGUUGCUGAUUAUAAUGUAGCAGCUGCACAACAGGGAAUUGUUUAUAUUGAUGAAGUCGACAAGAUAACGAAGAAGGCAGAGAGCCUUAACAUCAGCAGAGAUGUCUCGGGAGAGGGAGUGCAACAAGCGUUACUAAAAAUGCUGGAAGGAACAAUCGUGAACGUUCCUGAGAAGGGAGCUAGGAAGCACCCAAGAGGUGAUAAUAUUCAGAUGGACACAAAGGAUAUACUCUUUAUAUGUGGGGGUGCUUUUGUGGACAUAGAAAAAACAAUCUCGGAGAGGCGCCAUGAUUCUUCUAUAGGGUUCGGUGCUCCUGUACGUGCUAACAUGAGGGCUGGUGGCGUUACAAAUGCCACCGUUGCAUCAACCCUGAUGGAAACCGUGGAAAGCAGUGACCUGAUUGCAUAUGGUUUAAUACCCGAAUUCGUUGGAAGAUUUCCUGUUCUUGUCAGUUUGUCUGCAUUGACCGAGAACCAGCUUGUGCAGGUCCUGACCGAGCCCAAAAACGCUCUGGGAAAGCAAUACAAAAAGCUGUUCGAUAUGAAUGGGGUAAAGCUGCAUUUCACCAAAGGUGCAUUGAGUCUAGUAGCUAGAAAAGCCAUAUCUAAAAACAUUGGUGCUCGAGGCCUACGGGCCCUUCUGGAGAGCAUCCUCAUGGAUUCUAUGUAUGAGAUUCCUGACGUAAAGGCAGGGGAUGAUGUGAUAGAUGCUGUCGUGGUUGAUGAGGAAGCCGUUGAAUCAGAGGGGCGGAGAGGGAAUGGAGCUAAGAUUCUUCGAGGUGAAGGUGCAUUGGAUCGGUAUCUCUCCAAAACCAAGUCCAAGGAUUCUUCUGAGAUGAAGGAAGGAUCAGAGGGAGAGACAGAAGUCGAGAUCGAGCUUCCUUCUGUCAUAGCCAGCAGCAUGUAGAGAUCCAUCCAUGGGGGAGUUCUGGUGAAAAUGUGUGUACCUUAAAAAAAAAAACACUUGUAGCUUUGUUCUGUACAUAUGAACAAACAAAAAAACAAACAUUGGAUUCUGUCUGUAGCUCCAAAUAUGAUGGAAAAGUAGAAACUGUUUGAGGGGGGUUGUCUGAAGAAGGCAAAGAAGAAGGGAAAUUCUCUCUCUUUCUUCAGUCAUAUAAUGCAAGCAACUUCCACGUACUCUU